AUGGCAGAGACUGUUCAGUCGUGUCUCAAUGAUCGUCUACGCGAUCGAGGUCUUGCAUACAGCUCGUACCAGAUCUGUUCGAAGCUACAACGCAAACAAGUCGACAUCACUCUCCGCCCUGCACUUGGUGAAAUCGCUAUGCAGGGACCAGCAAUGAAUCUUGAUCGAGAAUCUCGUUCAAUCAGAUCCGCCACUUCUAGCGCCGACUUUUCUUCUCCAGCACUACCCGAACUCAGCCUCGACGCUUCACUUCAGCGCUUUCAUCAAGAAGAGGACGUCUCUGUCUCUUUCAUCUCAUCCGCAGCACGCUCGCGAGCCUGGCUGCGCGAGAGCCAGCAGCACGAGAUCCAACACCAAUCAUCUUGGCCGCAAGAGCUAUCACCCCACUACCAUCCCACUGAACCAGUCAGCACUGAACACCAUCCAAGUUUCUGCUUCCCGCCCUUGUUGCCGUCUCAACCGAUCACGUCGUCAAAAGAGAGGCUCGGAGCAACACCACCUGGGGAUCCAGCACUGCAAGCUCCACCUCGUACAAGCCGCGGUCCGAGUCAUCCGAAGCCCUUCCUCUCCUCUUCGUCACGCGCUACCUCCAUUGCAUCGAUCGCCGAAGUAGAACAGCAGGAUAAGCAAGAUGCCCGACCUCGGAUUUUGUUUGGGACACCGUUUGCAGGAAGUGCUUUUGAGCGUCGAAUAGACGACUAUCCCAGCGAUCGACAGGUCGGUCAGCGACGUUCAGACUCUUCGGCCUCAGGCCUCUCACCCAAGCAGAGCUACGCUUCUCUCCCAGUCCAUAGGCAAGAGUUCCAACCGAACAGUAGUCAGUCUCCAGUCCAAUCGCGUCGUCCUCAUGCAUCUUCACUACAAUUUUACAAGCCACAACCAUCGCAGUGGAGCAUUCUGCUUGCCCCACUUUCCAACAACAACAACAGUUCAACCAACGCCGAAGCUCAGGCACACGACGAAACGAUUCUUCUUCCCUUGCAACGCUCGAUUGAGGACCAGAUCGAGUGUCUCAAAGCUCAUCUCUCCACCAGCCCCAACUUCAACGCCAAAUGUCGUUCGGAUAGCGACGUCGACUUCUACCUCGAUCUCAGUUCUGUUUCUGCUCUGCCGGCCAGCACGAUGGCCCGACUAACUCUACAGAGCUGGAAGAUCGCUUUCGACCGGUACUUCAAAGGCGGUGCCACCUUCGACAAGCAUCGAGACGUUUCUCUGCCAUACCUUUUCCGCCAGACCGGUCUUCCCAUUGUCGCUCUGAUUCGGUAUUUUUUGACACCGCCCUUGAAUUCCCUCCGACCAUCGCCAAGCCUUUUCAGCAAGUCACAUACUGCAGUGUCCACAUUCAAGUCCGCAAGCGCGGCUAGAUCUGGGAUUGAUACACACGAUAGCAGCCCUUGGACUCGCCGCAAAUCGGAAAUGACCGUCUCACGGGCAAACACAGGCAGGCUAGGGAUCUCGUCAAGUAUGGUACAGAGCAAAAGCUUCCCUGGCGCACCGAGAACGCCGGUACGCAAAAGUCCUCUUUCUUACUCCCCCCAAACGCGAUCCUUUCCUCGCGACAAUGUUCGCCCCUUGAUCAGCGCUGCAUUGACUUUAACAGCUUCACCAACGACACAGUCUCAAUCGCAUCAACAAAUUGGAUACAGAGGUGGAGAAGACAACAAGCUGCGAUCCUUGUCUCUUGCUACUGCACAUCCUCUCAGCGCGACCGAACCCGUGUCGACAAAGCAGAUACAGGCGGCAGGCGGACUUGCCUUCGGCUCCGACCUCCAAGAAAGUAUCGUCUCAAACCCAGAAGAAGAGCAUGAGGCGCCAUCACUUCGCCAACGAUAUCAGUCUUCUCGAGGAUCCAGCCAUCGAAGCUUCCCUUCUCACACCACCUCUCUUUCUACUCACCCGACACAGCCCACCAGCAUUCACAGCAGCCGUAGUCAACUUCGUCCGCCCUCACAGCACGUCGAAAGCGAUGGUGAUGCUGAUACAGAAGAUGUAGGCAGUCGUUUCUGGACUCAGCUCUCCAGCCUUGGCAAACAGGUUUCGCGCGAGAAAACUGCUCCGGGCUUGGAAGGCUUUGGUCGAGCAGGCAACGUUUCUGCCUCAUCUACAGCUUCAAGUGCUUCAGUAUUCGACUUUAGUCCUUUGGGAAUCUUCGUUCCCACGGAAGCUGAGGAGCCUUCUCGCGAAAUUCAGCAGGACACAGGAUCGGUAAAUGUAUCUCCAACCUCUCUCACUUUGCCUACCGGAACCUCGACCGGACUUCUCGGCCGACGUAGGGCAUACAGCUCAAUGGUGCCUCUAACUGGCUGGAGAGCUGGUGACAACGAUAUUUCAACAGCUGAAAAUUCGGCUCUAGACCUUCCACAAGUGCUGUUACUACAUGCUCGGGAAAGUUCCGGUCCAAGCGAACUGAAUGUUUUUGACUCGAUGGAUCUUGUCACGCCGACUGUUUCGACAUUUCAGGGGAGGGCGAGAGCGCAAUCCUUCCAGCCUUCGAUUUCUUUUCAGCCAAGGUUGGAUGCCACUUUAGCACUCGGUGGGUUGGCUCGCCCCUUGCCCGGUCUCUUUUACGAGAAUUGGGCAGAGCGUGUCGAUAUUGGUAUCGAUGGCGAUCUUGGACGGCGCGGUUCAACGGUUCUUCUUGAUGGAGGCGAGGUCGAAGUCCCUCCGACUGCAGCUGGACCAAUCCAGCCCGGGCCUACAAGCACAUUGACACGUACAUCAUCAACUUUAUCAGGCUCAACCAUUCUAGGUUCAGCAGGGAGUGUGUCGUCGCUGCAGAUCAUGCACGAGUCGAAAUGGCCGCUUCCGCAAUCACGCUCAGUAGUAGCAGAUGACAUUUCACACUCUACAUUUGCUGUCAUUUCGUCUGGCAACCCCAAUGUGGAAUCGACGGACGCUUCGGAUGCUGGCCAACGACACAACCAUGCAGAAGAGGCUCACGAAGGAUUUUCCCUCCCUACGAAUGAAAAAAAGCGGCCACUUGGCGCCUGGGCAGACACAUUCCCCCGCCGUGCAAGUUCUGCAGAUUUUCGAGCCGCCGGACGAUGA